GUGCGGGUCAAGGUUGCUUUCAGGCCUCUGGCCUGGGCUUGCACACCCAAGAAAUGGGCUGGUAGCCCCUGGGCCUGGGGUGUAGCAGGAGGUGUUGAUGUACCUCUGGGCAGGCCCUGGCACGUCCCUAUCGGCAGGGCCAUCCCAAGGCAACCCCAUCCUUCCUGAGCCUGAGCUGCUUGGCCAGCGCGGACCUGGGGGAACCAGCUAGAAAGAGGAGCCAGUCACCUCUGGCAGGGGCUUGCCUAGGAAAGCGUGCCCACAGGGCCUGGGCUCCCCAACGAGCAUCCUCUUCCUCCAGCAAGGCCAGGGGCUAGAGGGUUGAUUUCUCAGACUUUCCAGGAGGGACCAGUGUCGCCUCUGGCAGAGAACCAGCUUCCCCCAGUCCGGGCAGCAGCUGGGGAGGGCCUCUUAGACAGCAGGGAGGAGAGGGAGCCCUCUCACCACCCCUCCUCCCCUGGUCCCCAGGCCUGGCACAUCUGAGGCUUGCAGCAUCUAUCUGGUGAUGGGCCCGUGCCCGCUGGACCAAGGGUCCAGGUAGGGGGCAGCCCGAGGAGAAAGGCUACAGCCCAGGUACCCCUUGUGGUCCACCUGCCUUCUUCCCGCUGCCUCACCCCGACCCGGGGACUGCGAUAGUUUUCUCCCCAGAACUCCUGUAAAACCUCGGGGCACGCUGGCUUUGGUCCUAGCACCCCUUUUAAGGCUCUGCGCCCACCUCCAAAGGAGCCCCACCGGCCAGGCGGGAGGGGCCCCCAAGCGCUCAAUUCCCAGUUUCCCACCUGGCAGGGGGAGGGCAGCUUAGAGACCCCUCCCCACUUCCUGGCCAACCUCGAGCGCCCAGGUGGUGCUGGGGGAGGGGACUUGCCAGGCCCUAUAGGAGCCGCUUGUGCUGCGGGCUUUCAUUCACAUUCCCUCUGGGGCCCCACACACUAUAGGAUUUAUCUUGAUUUGCUGCCUCUGAAUUGAGUCAACUCUUUUGUAUGCUCGGUGAAUUGCCCAGCUGCUGGCGGGGAGCGGAGAGCGUGCCGGGGGUACUGAGGCCGGGAAUCAGGCAGGCGGGGGACAGGAAGCCGGGAGGGGGCGCGGGCGCCGACGGGGACGGGGACGGGCCAGGCUGCGCGGGGACACAAGCGACCCUGGCGCGGGCAGUGCCGGGCCUGCCCGGCCCCCUUAGGGAGUCCGGAGGGGCGGGGAGGCUCAGGCCCCGGGGGAGGCUGCCCCUCGGGCUCUGCCGCGGGCCGACCGUGUGGGGUGGCGUGGGCCUCCGGGCUUCUAGGGACUCGCUUGUCACUUGCGGAAAGGGGGGCUGUCUCCUCGUCCGUCACUUGCGGAAAGGGGGGCUUCCACACACGCAGGUUGUGAGGGUCAAACUAAUCGGGAACCGUGUGCGAGAGCCCCCCCCACCCCGAGUCUUCCCGGAGGUUGGGGGGAGUGAAGGAAGGGAGGGGGGGCGCCAGGGCUGGGGAGAGGGUGCCGGCCCUACCUGUCCCCCCAUCCCGCCCCCCAGCUCUCAGCCCCUGGAUCCCUGCCUUCUCCGAGGUGGGCCGGACCGACGGGCCGACCCGGGUCCUGAGAACGCCUGGGCUUUGCUUAAAGAGUAGGGGGUCGUGGGCGGCCCUUCCAGGCCGCAGCUGCUGCGCGCUGCCCCCGCCCCCACUUGGAUGUGGGUGGAAGGGCGGGAGAGGGGCGCAGAGGCCACCCUCCAGCGCUUUCUAGUACCUCCCCCUCCCGCUGCCCUCCCCCUCCCCCUCUGCUCGGCGGCCGGAGGGAAGGAGCGAGGCUGCGAGGAGGCCGGGCGUGCGGCGGGGCUUCUGGAAGGAGGGGAGAGGGGGAGGGCGCGAGACUCGGAGCCGGACUCGAGCGGGAGGAAGAGGGGGUGGGAGGGAGCGCGCGGGGAGGGGGGGCGCGCCGGGGAGGCGCGAGCACCGGCCCCCCUGCCCGCGAGGCAAGGGGCGGGGCGGCGCGCGGAUCGAUGGGCGAAGCUGGGGAGGAAUUUCAAUCCCCGGAGCGAAGUUAGAGCUUGAAGGACGGCGGCGGCAGCGGCGGCGGCGGCGGCGGCGGGCGCAGCCCCGGAACGGCGGCCAGACAAGCAGUGGAAGUGCCUUGGUGACCCGUGUCCUGCCCUCUGCCUGGACGCACCCUCUUCCUCUGGGCCCUGAGAUGAGGAUGUGACGCCUGUGACCCCCCCAGGGAGGAAUCCCCCAGCCCCGGCCUCUCAGACGUGCCAGGGCAUGGGCGGGCCCUGAGCCAGAGGUAAGGGGUGCCCUUGCUCCCCAGCGGGGGGCGGGGCCAGCUCACAGCGACCUGAGAUGCAGCAGGACCGGCUGGAGCUGGCGCACACCGAGGCCGAUGGGGAGGGAGGCCGCGGUCCCGGCAGGACGCAGGUGGACGGCGAGAGGCCGCUGGCUGUGAGCGAGGCGCUCCCGCAGCCCCCGCACGGUGCGGCCAUGCGGUUUGGGACAGGACACCCCUGAGAGCGCCGACGCCCCCUCCUCCCGCCCCUCUGUCCCUUCAGGGGCUGCUGCCGCCCAGCGCCCCCCCCUGCCCCCGACCCCGUCCCCCCGGGCAGGCUGAGCGGGGGCUCCCGCGGGGCUGGUCUCAAUGGCCGGGCGCCGGUGGGGUGCGCUGUGGGUGUGCGUGGCGGCGGCCGCCCUGCUGCACGCGGGCGGGCUGGCCCGCGGCGACUGCUGGCUGAUCGAGGGCGACAAGGGCUUUGUGUGGCUGGCCAUCUGCAGCCAGAACCAGCCGCCGUACGAGGCCAUCCCGCAGCAGAUCAACAGCACCAUCGUGGACCUGCGGCUGAACGAGAACCGCAUCCGCAGCGUGCAGUACGCGGCGCUGAGCCGCUUCGGCAACCUCACGUACCUCAACCUCACCAAGAACGAGAUCGGCUACAUCGAGGACGGCGCCUUCUCCGGCCAGUUCAACCUGCAGGUGCUGCAGCUGGGCUACAACCGGCUGCGCAACCUGACGGAGGGCGUGCUGCGCGGCCUGAGCAAGCUGGAGUACCUGUACCUGCAGGCCAACCUCAUCGAGGUGGUCACGCCCAGCGCCUUCUGGGAGUGCCCCAACAUCGUCAACGUGGACCUGUCCAUGAACCGCAUCCAGCGGCUGCACAGCGCCACCUUCGCCGGCCUGGCCAGGCUCUCGGUGUGUGAGCUGUACAGCAACCCCUUCUACUGCUCCUGCGAGCUGCUGGGCUUCCUGCGCUGGCUGGCCGCCUUCACCAACGCCACGCACGCCUACGACCGCAUGCAGUGCGAGUCGCCGCCGCUCUACGCUGGCUACUUCCUCCUGGGCCAGGGCCGCCACGGCCAGCGCAGCAUCCUCAGCAAGCUGCAGUCCGUGUGCACCGACGGCUCCUACGCGGCCGAGACGCGCCCGGCACCGCCCGGCCGCGCCCCGCCGCCGCCACCCCCGCCGCCGCCGCCCUCCGAGCCCAGCGAGGCCCCCUGCGCCGACGACGAGUGCUUCUCCGGCGACGGCACCACGCCGCUGGUGGCCCUGCCCACGCUGGCCACGCAGGCCGAGGCGCGGCCGCUCAUCAAGGUCAAGCAGCUGACGCAGGACUCGGCCACCCUCACGGUCCAGCUGCCCAGCCCGUUCAACCGCAUGUACACGCUGGAGCACUUCAACAACAGCAAGUCGUCCACCGUGUCCAGGCUGACCCGGGCCCAGGAGGAGAUCCGCCUGACCAACCUCUACGCGCUCACCAACUACACGUACUGCGUGGUCUCCACCAGCUCCGGCCUGCACCACAACCACACCUGCCUCACCAUCUGCCUGCCCAAGCCGCCCAGCCCGCCGGGCCCCGUGCCCAGCCCCUCCACGGCCACCCACUACAUCAUGACCAUCCUGGGCUGCCUCUUCGGCAUGGUGCUGGUGCUGGGCGCCGUCUACUACUGCCUGCGCCGCCGCCGGCGCCAGGAGGAGCAGCACAAGAAGGCGGCCGCGGCGGCCGCGGCCGGUGGCCUCCAGAAGACCCUCCUGGAGCUCAAGUACGGGCCCGGGGUGGAGGCGCCCGGCCUGGCCCCGCUCUCCCAGGGCCCGCUGCUAGGCCCCGAGGCCGUGACCCGCGUGCCGUACCUGCCGGCGGCCGCGGGUGAGGUGGAGCAGUACACGCUGGUGGAGAGCGGCGAGACGCCCAAGGCCGGCAAGGGCCACUACAUGGAGGUGCGCACGGGCGAGCCGGCCGAGCGCCGGGACUGCGAGCGGGGCCGGCCGGGCCCCGGCAGCCAGAGCUCCGUGGCCGAGAUCUCCACCAUCGCCAGGGAGGUGGACAAGGUCAACCAGAUCAUCAACAGCUGCAUCGACGCCCUCAAGUCCGAGGCCACCUCCUUCCAGGGCGGCAAGUCCGGGGCCGUGGCCGCGGCCGAGCCGCCGCUGGUGGUGCUGUCCGAGCCGCUGGCCGGCAAGCACGGCUUCCUGUCGCCCGUGUACAAGGACAGCUUCGGCCACGGGCUGCAGCGGCACCACAGCGUGGAGGCCGCGCCCGGGGCCCCGCGCGCCAGCACGUCGUCCAGCGGCUCCGCGCGCAGCCCACGGCCCUACCGCGCCGAGACCGCCGCCGCCGCCGCGGUGCACAAGGCCGCGGCCGCCGAGGCCAAGUACAUCGAGAAGACCUCCCCCGCCACCGACGCCAUCCUCACUGUGACGCCCGCGGCCGCCGUGCUGCGGGCCGAGGCCGAGAAGAGCCGCCAGUACGGCGAGCACCGGCACUCGUACCCCGGCUCCCACCCCGCCGAGCCGCCCACGUCCCCCGCGCGCCCGCCCCCCGAGGGCCUGGGCGGCCGCAAGGCGUCCAUCCUGGAGCCGCUGACGCGGCCGCGCCCCCGCGACCUGGCCUACUCGCAGCUGUCCCCGCAGUACCACAACCUGAGCUACUCCUCCAGCCCCGAGCACCCCUGCAGGCCCUCCCAGAGCAUCUGGGAGCGCCUGAGACUCAGCCGCCGGCGGCACAGGGACGACGACGGGGAGUUCGUGGCGGCCGGGCACGCGCUGCGCAAAAAGGUUCAGUUCGCCAAAGACGAGGAUCUGCACGACAUCCUGGACUACUGGAAGGGCGUGUCGGCCCAGCACAAGUCCUGAGCCCCGCGGCCAGGCGCCCGGCGCCCGCGCCCGGCCCCCACGCCCUCCCGGCGCGCGCUGUGCCCACCGGACCAAAAAGGACCCGAGACCCACUGCAGCUCUUUGUAACCCAGAGACUCACAGAGAACACACACACAGAGAGACACACACAGACACACACUGUAGCACCUCCCAGAGCCUUGGGGCUUUGCAGACCACGUGGGGAGGGGGCGCUGGCAGGACAGCGGGACGUGAGCCCCGGCCGCGUGUACCUGCCCUGAGACAUUCUCACCGGCGUGAGCGGCCUGUCCACACACACACACUGUGCGUGUACACACACACACACACACACACACACACACACAAAGGGACUUCGGAAAACUGUGUCUUAGGGAUGGGGGGUGGGGGAGGGGAUUUUUUUUCAUUACCUCUUCUUUCUUUUCUUCUCUUUCGCUCAUUAUUUUCUUCCUUUUUAAAAAAAUAUCAUAAAAGUAAAGUUCUCUUAAGCCGUGAAACACCGGACGUGGGGAGCGCGGCCCCCGCGGCCACCUGACCUCCUCUCCUGAUCGUCUCCGUCCGUGGUUUCCUGUGGACUCUGUCCGUCUCUUCGCUGCCACCUCGGGGGGCCCCCCAAGAGGGGCAGAGCAGCCGAGCGGCCUGCGGGACUCGAGGGGGAGGGCUGUGCCUGUGUGGAUGGCCGGACGGGGCGCGGGCUGGGGGUGUGUGCUCCACCCGCCCCUCUGUACACCGUUGUCGUCCUAUUGUAUAGACAAAUAUUUCUAUAUUUGCAAUGUUUGCUGUAAAACGAGAAAGAAAAAAAGACUGUCUACUAAAAAAAAAAUUCUGCAAAGAAAAA